GACGAGACGAGGCGAGUGCGCAGGGCAUAUAAAAACCAGCAUAUUAAUGCAAAAACUCAAUAUAGACUUCGGAUCAACUCUCUUUCUUCUCAUCCUUUAUAAUGAACUUGCUUCUAUUUUGCUUCAAAACUCCAUGGAAACAGAACUGCUCUAUGAUAUGUCGCCGUACGCAAGGAUUUACAAGGAUGGCCGAGUGGAGAGAUUUGUAGGCACGGAAACCGUCCCUCCAUCGCUCGACGAGAAAACCGGCGUCCAAUCAAAAGAUGUUGCCAUUUCAUCAGACUCCGCUGUCUCCGCAAGACUUUACAUCCCGAAAGCUGCGACCGAUUCUUUCCAAAAGCUCCCUGUGCUCGUAUACUUUCAUGGAGGAGGCUUCAUAAUUGAAACAGCGUGGUCGCCGACUUACCACAACUAUCUCAAUGCCCUAGUUGCGGAGGCUAACAUCAUCGCUGUCUCCGUUGAUUAUAGAAGGGCACCAGAGCAUCCGCUUCCGGCAGCUUACGAUGAUUCGUGGACUACCCUAAAAUGGGUGGCCUCUCAUUCUACCGGAAACGGCCCUGAGGAGUGGUUAAAUUCUUGUGCCAAUCUCAAGAAGGUGUUUAUGGCUGGAGAUAGCGCUGGCGGUAACAUAGUUCACAACAUGGGCAUCCGAUUGGCAGAGCAAACUCUGAAAGGAAUUGAAUUUCUGGGAGUUAUUAUGGUGCAUCCUUACUUCUGGGGCGACAAACCGUUGCCUUUGGAGACCACCGAACCUGAGAAGAGGUCCGGGGUGGAGAAACUCUGGUGUGCGGCGAAUCCAACGACCACCGCGUGCGACCACCCUCUGAUAAAUCCAGCGAUGGACCCUAGGAUGUUGGGUUUGGCUUUCAAUAGGAUCCUAAUUUGUGUUGCUGAGAAGGAUAUCUUCAGACAAAGGGGCUGGCACUACAAGGAGGUGUUGAGUGAGAGAGGAUGGAGUGGAUUUGUGGAAGUGACGGAAGCACCAGGGGAGGUUCAUGUGUUUCAUUUGAUCAAUCCCAGCUGUGAUAAUGCUGCGAAGAUGAUGAAGAAAUUGGCCUCCUUCAUGAAUGAGGAGGACAAAUAGAAUAUUUCUUGUUCCGUGGGUGGUACUUUUCAUAUACGGUUUGUAUAUUUGAAAUGUUUGUUGGUAAAAUGGUGUGAUUGGCGAUGCUGACUGUACUUUACCAAUAAUAUUAACUACUUGGGA